AUGACCCGUACUGCAAGGUCGCUACUGUUUAACUCACUGUCAGUACGAAGACAUUCCUGGAAAGACACGCUGGUGGAUUCUGGACGAUUUGGAAAUAAUCAAAAUGGAUUACCAGACUCUCAAAGUGACGCCAGUAUAAAAGUCAUAAUGCAUCGCUCACAGUCAUCGUUUCUACGGGCAUGCAGUGUCCAAGGCCUUGAAGAUUACGACACACCACGAGCUCCACUACUACGCCAAGUCUCCCUGGAUGAGGAACGACGAGACGAGUGCCAGGGUCACUGGCGAGGACCUGAGCUUCAAGGAGACGAGGAAGAGAGAGGAGUCAGGCUGUUCAGGGCGUUACUGCUGCAGCAUUUGAGGCUGGAGCAUCUGAGGCCACCACCCUGCUUUGUGGCACCGGCUAAACCUGAUCAAAGGGGAUGGUGGAUGUACUGGCGCGACUGGAGGUCUUUGGAGCGAGCAGCUCGAAGGUUCAGGGAGACGAAGGCUCGAGCCAGGCUAGCAGCUGAGGCGGAACAUAUAUCCCUGCUGUGCCUUGACGAGGUCGAGUUUGAAGAUAUUAUGCAGGAGCUGUGUCAGUCCUGCGUUCACACAGAACAAAGAGCUUUAGUAGUCCUAGCAUUCCUCUGUGAAGUAUGUGCUCGUGCUGUGAGGGUCGGAGGAUGGUGCCGAGCGGUCGACUGGGCCGCCAAGCACGUGGCACAGUGCGCCACGCCGUGGGCCAUCAAACAUGGAGGAUGGAGUACAGUAGUAGAACGAGCAGGCGGUGCACGACGCGAUGAAACAACACUACUAGCCGGUGCGGCGCUGGCGGCGUUACUGGCAUUUCUGCUAUUCUGUCGAGCGCGCCUGCGCACUGCGCUUUACUAA